AUGGCAGCGCCUGAUAGCAUACGGAAUCUCCCAUGGCUCAUCUGGGCUGUAGCCAUCUUCGGGUCCCUCUCCUCCGCAGGGUUCGGGUUCGACCAAGCCUGGUGGGCGAGUAUCAUGAGCUCCCAGCAAUUUGCCCGUCGAUUCGGACACUACAGCCCCCCUCAAGAGACCUGGGUGCUGAGCGACCGGCAGCAAUCGCUGGGCACCGGACUAGGCUAUGCCGGGGUCAUCCUGGGGCUUCUGUGUGCCACCCCGUUGAACGAACGGUUCGGCCGCAAGAAUAGCCUGUGGAUUCAGUCGGCCGUGGUGAGCGUGGGCGUGAUCAUCGAAUCCACCUGCAAGACGAGCUAUGCCCAGUUUCUCGUGGGCAAAGCCGUCGUCUACUUUGGCGGCGGCAUCGCCUCCAACGUGAUCCCGGUCUACCAGGGCGAGUGCGCGCCCCAGGCUCUCCGUGGGGUGAUGGCAGGCACUUACAACGUCUUCCUGAUGGCCGGCGGACUGGUGGCGGCCCUCAUCGUCUACCUCUGUCGCCACAUCGCCAUACCGCUGCUGAACUGGAUCAGUCUGCCCCUUCUUCCCGAGUCACCGUACUGGCUGAUGCACCGCGGACGCCUCGACGAAGCCGGGGUCAGUCUGGCUCGACUGCGCGGCAUUUCCCUCGCGGACGCCAAACUCGAGGUCGCGCGCCUUCAACAGCAACAACAACAACAACAGUCGCAAAAACCACAGCAGAAUCAAGGUCAGCAUCACGACGAGUCCUCCUCCUGGGCUGUCUGCUUCACCAACCCCAUCUACCGCCGCCGCACCGCCAUCUGUGUCGGGGCGCAAGUCUUCCAACAGGCGCAAGGCAUCUCCUUCGUCGCCAACUACCAGGCCGUCUUCCUGCAACAGAUCGGCUUCCGCCAAGUCCUCCUGAUGUCCGUCGUCGUGUAUGUCAUCGGGAUCGCCGGCAACCUCGCGGGCGUGGCUGUCACCGACCGUCUGGGCCGGCGGCUCGUGCUGCUGGUCUCCGCCGCCCUCCUGGCCGCAUGUAUGCUCACCAUCGGCGGGCUGACGUGCACGCCGACCGACAAUUACGGGAGACAGGUCGGCGCGGUGGUCAUGCUCAUGCUAUGGUUUUUCAUCUUCCAGAGCACCUGGGGCCCGUUGGCGUGGGUGAUAGCGGCUGAAGUGCCCCCGGCCGCCGCGGUGCGGGAGAAGAUGGUCACCCUGGCGGGAUUUGCGGCGUACGGCACGGGGCUGGUGAUUGUGUUUGUGAAUCCGUAUACGCAGGCGGCGAUCGGCGGCAGCGUGGCGUUUAUCUAUGGAGGAUUGUCGGUGGUGGCGACAGUGUUCGUGUGGUUUGUGGUGCCGGAGCUUAAGCAGCGGUCGCUGGAGGAGAUCGAUGAGAUGUUCGCUGAGCGGGUAUCGGCCAGAGCCUUUGGGAGGCCUUUCUACAAGUACCGCUACUACCGCCUAUACGACUAUACGACAUGA